UCCCCUAGAGGGAAUCAGAAUACUCGUUUAAGCUAUCCUUCAAAUUCCAUUAUUUGGGGGGCAGGCUUCCCCAUCAAAGCGUUCAAAGAGUUGACCUUUCCUGCAAAACAUUUAUGCCUUUCUCUUUGCUUUUCCCAAUACCCUUUGCAGCAAAGUCUCUUGCUGUGCUUUCUCUCAUUUCCAUUCCCAUUUCACUGCCUUCCUGAAGAGGCCUUAGCAUUUAAUGCAUAUUUGACUGAUUUGAGGGGGAAUGAGAUAGAGAUUCCAAGAUGGGUUUUCUUGGGUCUCCUUCAAUGGCUUCCUCUUCUUCUUCUUCUUCUUCUUCUUCUUCUUUAUCCUCUGCUUCCUUGUAUGGGGCCGCUUUCCUUCUCUGGGUUCUUGUUUUGAAUGGGGCAGCUGUGUGCAAUGGAGGGAGCACGAGCCCUUUCGUUAGGAAGGUGGAGAAGAGUGUCGACAUGCCUCUCGAUAGCGACGUAUUUGGCGUGCCUCCGGGAUACAAUGCCCCUCAGCAGGUGCAUAUCACGCAAGGGGAUCACGUAGGGAAGGCUGUGAUCGUGUCUUGGGUUACUCAGGACGAGCCCGGGUCAGAUGUCGUGCUCUACUGGAGCAAAAACAGCGAAGAAAAGAAAGAGGCCAAGGGGAAACAUCUUACUUACAAGUUCUACAACUACACCUCGGGUUAUAUUCAUCAUUGCACCAUCCGCAAUUUGAAGUUUGACACAAAAUAUUAUUAUGAGGUUGGGAUUGGACAAACUGUUCGGAGGUUUUGGUUCGUUACGCCCCCAGAGGUCGGCCCCGAUGUUCCGCACACUUUCGGUCUCAUAGGAGAUCUUGGGCAGACAUUUGAUUCAAACAGUACACUUACGCAUUACGAGCACAACCCGCAUAAGGGGCAAACCCUCUUGUUUGUGGGAGAUCUGUCUUAUGCUGAUCACUACCCGAACUAUGACAAUGUUCGGUGGGAUACGUGGGGAAGGUUUACCGAGAGAAGUGUUGCUUAUCAGCCUUGGAUAUGGACUGCAGGGAAUCACGAGAUUGACCUUGCUCCUGAAAUUGGCGAGAAGAUACCUUUCAAGCCAUAUUUGUGCAGAUAUCACACUCCUAAUAAAGCGUCAGGCAGUACUUCUCCUCUUUGGUAUUCCAUUAAGAGGGCUUCUGCGUACAUUAUAGUCUUAUCAUCAUACUCUGCAUAUGCUAAAUACACCCCCCAGUACCGGUGGCUCGAGGAGGAGCUACCAAAAGUGAAUAGGAGCGAGACACCGUGGCUGAUAGUUCUGAUGCACUCCCCAUGGUAUAAUAGCUACAACUACCACUACAUGGAGGGCGAGACUAUGAGAGUCAUGUACGAGCCUUGGUUCGUUAAGUACAGGGUCGAUGUGGUCUUUGCUGGUCAUGUCCAUGCUUACGAGAGAUCUGAACGUGUAUCCAACAUUGCAUACAACAUAGUGAACGGUUUAUGCACUCCCGUACAAGACCAAUCAGCUCCUGUUUAUAUUACGAUUGGUGACGGAGGAAAUAUUGAAGGCUUGGCCAUCAACAUGACGGAGCCCCAGCCCAAGUACUCUGCGUUUCGGGAAGCCAGCUUUGGGCACGCCAUUUUCGGUAUCAAGAACCGAACCCACGCUUACUAUAGCUGGCACAGGAACCAGGAUGGGUAUGCCGUCGAAGGAGAUUCCCUCUGGUUUUACAACCGGUACUGGCACCCCAUUGAUGAAUCUACCAGCGCCUGACUGACAGGGCCCUAAGUGUAAUUUUUCGAAAGAUGAAGAAUGCAUUUGCAAUUUCCCUGAAGUUGAGGGGGCAUUCAUGGCUCAUCCUUUUCCAUUAUUUUUCUUAAUAGUGUUUCCUCAAUAUAGUCCAAACAUUACUCCCCACAAAGUCAUGUGGUAAUCUCAGAAAGUGGCUGACUUGACGAA